ACAAAUCGAGAAGUUCUUCAAAAGUCACAAAAGUCCUCCAGCACCGUCAUGGCCUCAUUAGCUCUACAUCAAACGCGCUCGUUGAUUUCUACGUUCAGGUCGUCGUGGGCGCAGCUGCCAGUUGCUGCUUCCCUAGCUGCCAACUUGGAGCUACGGCAAAAACCAUUCAGUUGGGCCUUGCCAGGCUUGCAGUCCUUACUCGAACUGCUCCCUCCCAUCGUCCUCGCAGUUCCAAAGAGCAAAAUUUCUCACUCGCGAAAGUCCAUGCGUAGUGCAAACAAAGGACUCAAGGACAAGCGGAAUAUUGUCAACUGUCCAGCCUGUGGAGAGCCUAAGCUCGCACACCACGCGUGCAGAGCAUGCUAUGCUUCAAUAAUGGCACGCUUUAAAGGGGAGACUAAGAGGUUGGUAAAAGAGACAACGAAACGCGCGAGCGGAGGGAGCUGGUCGAGGAGCAAGGCGCCGCUCAUGAUUGAGAGCCCUAAGGACUCGUGAUCUCUAUUGAUUUGCGUAUACACAAGGAGCGGUCUGGCUGCUCUGAGCCUCAUUUGGACUUUAUGUCCUAACCCCAACACCAGUUGGGUAGAUGAUAUUCACUGUAUUUACUCGAGGACAAGCUCGUAAUCAUCACAUUCAAGUUGUUCGCUUUUUGCUUAUUACCCAGAGUUCAGAGCCUGACCGCGUGUGUAUACUCUUGCGGUU